AUGGAGGGUUGUCCAAGAAACAAAGAAACAUGUCCUAAGCUUCUUGAUCUGAUUCCUCAAGGAAGAAAAUGGUAUCAAGAAGAGAAGAACAACACAGAUCAAGAAAACAAACUUGAGCUAAGGCUUGCACCACCUGGUGGUGAUGAAGAAGCUACUUCUGCGAUGACAAAGAAGAAGAUAGAGACAAGAAACAACACCAAGAAGGAAGCAGAAGACAAAUCUCUCUUCAAUCUCAGCGGAAACCAUUUCUCUCCUCCCAAAAAUACCACUUAUAAUCCUCACAUCUCUCUCAAAAGAACUGCUCCUGGUCCAGUGGUGGGUUGGCCUCCGGUUCGUUCCUUCAGAAAAAACCUAGCCAACACAAUCUCUUCAAAGCUCGGAAAUGAAUCCUCCCUUGGUGGUCAAGUCAACAAGAGUGGUGAUUGUGAAAAGCAAGUCCAACCUAGUAAGAGGGAAGGAAUGUUUGUAAAGAUAAACAUGGAUAGUGUUCCAAUUGGUCGAAAAGUCGAUCUCAAUGCUUAUAAUAGCUACGAACACCUCUCUUUUGCCGUUGACAAACUCUUCAGAGGUCUACUCGCAGCUCAAAGAGAUACCUCUGGUGGUGAAGGAGAAGAGAAACCGAUCAUUGGUUUACUUGAUGGGAAAGGAGAAUUUACUUUAACUUAUGAAGACAAUGAAGGGGACAAGAUGCUUGUUGGGGAUGUUCCUUGGCAAAUGUUCGUUUCAUCUGUGAAGAGACUGCGAGUGAUUAAAAGCUCUGAGAUUUCAUCUGCCUUGAGAUUUGGAUGCAGUAAGCAGCAGAAGAUGAGGGCUUGAAAUCUUGUAGAAACUUCUGUUUUGAGCCAGAAGGUCUCAGAGGUUUUAAUUGUACAUGUGGUUUUUGUUAUAUAAGAGAUAAUCAUUGGUUUUGUUCAGAUAGGCAUUUGAUCUGAUCUGAAAUAUCUUCCCAUGUCUUUAAAAGACACUCAACUAUGAGAUUAAAGAAGCGAUAUGUGUAUAAGCUCUUUUAGGGAAGAUACGUAGAACAUAAUAAUCAUCUCAUGUCUACAUAACUUUUUAAGAAAAAUAAAUGAAUUUUUUAUUCUCUGUAAAAGCUCUUUUAACUUUCGUUCCAAC